AUGGUGUUCAAUACCGCGACGGUUGGAGGAGCGGUCACUCCUGACGUGAUCAAAACAUUCUUGAGCCAUUACCUCAAUCGCAAACCGCUGGCGCAAAAGCCCACGGCACACAUCUCCUACGACGAAGGUCUCCACCUGAUCCGCAAAUUCCUCCUCUACGCCUCUCACCACACAGUCGAAGAUAUCCAGCGAUUCACUUCACAAUGGGUGCCGCAUCCGCGCUGGGUCAAAGUCGACGAAGUCAAGAUCUCGGACGAGCACCUCAAGAAAGCGGCGGAGCAUAUCCAGGAACAGCUGGGCCAUCAUGGUAUUGAAAAGGUUGGGGGAAAGAUGUGGUGGCAGUGGAGAAGACCAGGCAGCGAGGUUAAAGCGGAGUGGAUUGAGAUGCGGUCAGAUUAUAAUGAGAGGAAGGCGACGAAAAAUCCAGGAACGAGGGUCAUGCUCUAUGUGCAUGGUGGUGCGUACUUCUUUGGGAGUGUGGAUGAGCAUCGGUAUCAGCUGCAGAGACAUGCACGAAAGUUGAAGGCUAGAGUAUUUGCUCGGUAA